CGAUAACAAGAACGGCUCUCACCAAGUAGGACUCGGUUCCCCUCGUUCGUACCAAACAGCCGUUCAAAAGAAUCGGCUCGUUCGCGACCGACACAUCACUACUGUUUGUAGUCACUUGACGUCUCUCUGAGGAACAAAAAGGAAUUGGCGGUUUAUGAAAAAAUGCCCGACCAAGUGAAGAUAUCCCAUGAAGAACUGGAGCGGGACGGUUUCUGCCAGAAUCCUUUCUUUGAAUGCCUCGUUGCAGAAGUGCCUGAGGAGAAUAAAUCUAAAGAUGGAUUCACAGUAGUUGGAUUUGCCCUUUACUUUUACACUUACAGUACAUGGAAGGGGCCGACAGUGUUUUUGGGGGACCUGUACGUGAUGCCAGAAUUCAGAGGAAAUGGAUUUGGAAAGGGUUUACUGUGCAAAGUCGCUAAGGUGGGGAAGGAGAAGCAGUGUGUGCGGCUGCAGUUAUCAGUGCUGGACUGGAAUACCCCGGCCAGAGACUUCUACGCUGCUAAAGGCGCUCAGGACCUCACAGACAGCGAAGGAAGGCACUGUAUACGCUUUGACGGACAAAACCUGGACAAUUUAGCCAAUGAGGCUCCAAAAGAUUAAAUGUCUGCCGAGGAAAACAUGUAUCUUGCUCUGAAAACAUGUCACUGGUAUUGAAACAGUGCCAAAUUAAGCUUCACUAAACCUGGCAUGCUCCUGGUUUAACAAUCAUGAAAAAAAUUAUGUUUCUUAUUUACAGUGACCUACAUGAAAUCUAUCAUUUUAUAUACUCAUCUUUUUAAUAAAGUACCUUUGACCCUCA